CAGAUAUGUCGCUCUCGUGGUCCGGUUGUCACCCAUUCCAUGCUUUCUCCUCCUUUUCCUUUUCCUUUUCCUUUUCCUUCUUCCUUGCAUUAGCCUUCCUCUUGGCACGAGCAGCGUCGCCCGACGAGAUGGCAGUUGCCAUGUCUUGGGCCUUGCCACUCAUGCCAACGGAUGCUUGGUCGACGACACCCCCUGUACUCACCGGAAGAGUGAUCGCCACCGCCUCCGCCAUCACUUUUGCCUCCGGUGUCAGCCAUCGUUGAACUGGGCUGUAGCUGUGAGCAAGCACUAGGUAAGGUCAGCUAUGAGAGAUGAAGAGGCGUGAUGAAGGGGGGCGUAGAAUGUCUCCAGAUCCAGGAAAUCAAGCCUUAUAAGCGUCCAACGUCUAGCCGGCCAGGCUGCCCACUACACGAGUG